CCCGCGGCGCGUGCUUGGCCCGAGGGCCCGCCACGGGCGCGCCCUGAGGACCUCGUAGGACCGUCCUCUUUGUGAUUUCAGUCAUAUCCCGUUCAUUGCGAACCCAGCAGGAACUCGUUUCCUUUCCAUACACCAUGGCACAGACGAUCAACAUCUCGCAGAUCAGGGGGCGGCAGCUCUCCGAGAUCGUGCGGGGCCUUUCACGUGAGUACGGCGCGGCCGAGCGGUGGGCGACGGCCGCCUGCGAGGACGGCGACGACAGCGCCAGCGACAGCUCCACGGGCGUGGGCAGCGGCUCCGGCGGCCGCGCCUCGGCACACGAGUCGUCGUCCUCCAGGGACGGCGCCGACAGCGGCUCGGAGAAGGACGCGGCGCGCGGGGCGCCGGACCCCUGGCGCCACCCGGUGGCUUUUCGGCCGCCGCCAGGCUUGGAGAACUUGCGGCCAGCACCGGCGCGCACGGCGCUGCGGAGCAGCGCCCGGCCGUUCCAGAGCGCAGGCGCCCCCGCGGCCGCCGCCGCCGCCCGGGAGGCGCCGCACCGCCGCCCGGCGGAGGAGGGCGCGGUCAGGACGGCACCCUCCCAGCAGCGGGAGCCGCCGCCGCGGGCGGCGGCGGAGGCGGAGGCGAAGGCGGAGGCGGAGGCGGCGCCUCACAGCGGAGAGACCAUGCGUGCCCACCUGGAGGAGCUACGGGGCAAGGGCGGCGGCCGCACGCUGGUGGUGCGCAAGAUCCAGCGCCUCGGCUUCGACUCGCCCGAGAAGCUGAAGGGAGCCACAGAGAUGGGCCGCGAGAGGGGCGAGGAGAAGGCGCACUUCGAGCAGUACGGCGCGGUGGAGGGCGUGCUGAUCAACCAUUCGUACGUCCGCAGCACGGGGCGCCGGGCGAAGCAGGCUCCGGCCACGCGCGUCCGCCCGGCGCACCUCGGUUUUGUCGUCAUGGGCAGCGCCGCGGGGGCGGAGGCGGCGGCGAGCGACGGCGAGACUCACCUCGUCCUCGGCAACGCGAUCGAGGUGCAGAAGUUCGUCCCCCACCACGGGGAGCACCCCGUCAGGCGGAUAAACAGCGAGGACUCCACCGAGGCCGGCACGGACUGCACAGAAGACGAGCAGGACACGGAGUGAGGCACCGCGAACCGCCUCGCGGCGCCGCGCGGCGUCCGUCGGCCCGGUGGCGCCCUCUCUCGCGAGGGGGGCGUCCGCAGCGUAGGCGACGACGCCGGCGGACAGCCGACGGACGAGCGACGACGA